UCCUCUCAUAUCUAUAUUCCAACUUCUUUCCUCUACUUUUGUCGCAGCCCCUAUAAUGCGCCAUGGUCACACUCACACCACCUCCUAUUCACUGUCCCACUCCAUCACCACCCCCCUUGAGCUUUAACAGCGACGCUUCCUUCACCACCGGCCAGAACAUGCUUGUCUCUGUGCUUUUCGCACUUUUUCUGCCAUGUGUAGGUAUGAGCGUAGUGUUUUUUAUCUAUAUUUGUCUCCUAUGGUAUGCUGCUAAUAAUCAACCAGAGAACAUUCCUUUACCGGUAAAAACUGUGACAGAGAAGGGUUUGUCAUCAUCGGAGCUCGAGAAGUUGCCUAAGGUCACCGGGAAAGAGCUUGUUUUGGGGACAGAGUGUGCUGUUUGUCUAGAUGACAUUGAAAGUGAACAGCUGGCUAGGAUAGUUCCUGGCUGCAAUCAUGGGUUUCAUCUGGAAUGUGCUGAUACUUGGCUUUCCAAGCACCCUGUUUGUCCUGUUUGUCGGGCAAAGCUUGAUGCUCAGUUCUCCAGUACUUCUGCUUCUCCAGAGAACAAUCCUUGUUGAAAUUUUAAUGAUUAAUUAAAAGUUGAUUAUGUCUUGAGUUUCUUAUUUAGGAUUGCAAACGAUGCAGUGUAUUAUUAUGUCUCGAGUUUCUUGACGCAGUGUGUGCAUGGGUUGUUAAUUAGAGCUGGUUCAUGGCAUGGUCCCUCAGAAUUCUCCUUGGCAAUUUCUGUCAGAGCAAAUGCUGGAAACAUUUUCAUCAUGGAAAUAUCUCACAAGUUUGCUUUGGACCAUUAAUUAGCUUUGCUAAUGGACAUAUAGGUGGCAUGAAUUUAAGUUUUGACAUGAAGAGAAAGGGACGCAACCAACAAAUCCUAGUUUACUUUGUUCUUGUGUCAAUAGAUGACGAGUUCUUAUAGGAUUUGUUGUCAAGAAGUGAUACAAACCAGUACAAAGUUCAGUUUA